AUGGCUUGCGCGGCUCCUCCCAGCCCCCUCCCCGCUCACCGCAGCGCCACGGCGGCCCGCGUGGUGUUCGCUGUGGGGCCCCACCCGCCGGGAUUCUACAGGCGUUUUAAACCCUCCACGGGAGGCGCGCCACGCUCCAGCCUGCGCGUCGUGGCCUCUGGCUUCAAGGCGGACCCAGUAGAGGAGAGACCCCCAGUCGCGCCGCUCGCGGACGUUCCAUUCUCGGCCGACGCGUCCUCACCAGUGGAGCCUCAGCCCCAAGUAAGCACCGGCACAUGGAAAUGGAAGGGCUACAACAUUCGCUACCAGUACGCUGGGACAUCAGGCCCUGCAUUGGUUCUCAUUCACGGGUUCGGGGCAAACAGUGACCAUUGGCGGAAAAAUAUUCCUGUUCUAGCCAUGGCACACAGGGUAUAUGCGUUGGAUCUAAUUGGUUAUGGCUAUUCUGAUAAGCCUAAUCCACGUGAGAUCGAGGAAAACUUUUAUACUUUUGAGACAUGGGGAGAACAGCUGAAUACAUUUUGUGCAGAAGUGGUCCAGAGUGAAGCUUUCUUCAUAUGCAAUUCAAUUGGAGGGGUUGUUGGUCUGCAGGCAGCCGUUAUGGAACCUAAAAAAUGUAAGGGAAUUGUUUUAUUGGAUAUUUCACUAAGGAUGCUUCAUAUAAAAAAGCAGCCAUGGUUUGGAAAGCCUUUCAUCAGAUCUUUUCAAAGUCUCCUAAGGAACACUAUUGUUGGGAAGCUAUUUUUUAAUGCUGUCGCUACACCGGAAUCUGUGAAAAAUAUUCUUUGCCAGUGUUAUCAUGACACAUCUGCAGUGACAGAUGAGCUAGUUCAGAUUAUUCUACAGCCUGGGCUUGAUCCUGGAGCAGUGGAUGUAUUUCUUGAGUUCAUCUGCUACUCUGGAGGACCUCUACCUGAAGAGUUACUUCCAUUGGUCAAGGUUCGGAUGAUCUUAGUUCAUGGGGAGAAGGACCCAUGGGAGCCUGUUGAGCUUGGAAGAGCCUAUUCAUCUUUUGAUACAGUUGAAGAUUUUAUUGUCUUGCCAGAUGUUGGACACUGCCCUCAGGAUGAAGCACCUGAGCUUGUAAAUCCACUUGUCGAAUCAUUUGUCAAACGCCAUACUUAG